AUGUCGGAUUUGAGUUCGUUACAUUUCACUAGCGUCGUGGGAGGAGACAUGAACACCGAGACGGUUGAGGCCUUGGUGAAAAAAGUCAAAGUACAACUAACGCGAGUGCUGUGGAAAAUACCUGUUAUUAAAUUCGAUGAUCGGGAGAGAUUAAAAUUAUUGAAAAUCGUCGAUAGCAAAAGAAAUAUAAAUUGCGCUUUUAGAAAUUGGGAGCUUUGCGAGUAUUCAAAUCUGCCGCAGACGAACAAACACUCUUGGAUGGUGAAAACAUGUUCGCAAGUAGAAAAACCUAAGUGUAUAAUAAUCGCUUUUCUCACGAAUUCACCCGGCAUCGUAUCAGACGGCUAUAACGUUGAUUACGAUACGUGCUCGUUGACGAACGUUAAAGGAUAUAUUAAUUCGGUCGAAUACCCGUACGAAGAUUUCAACGAAAGUUUCGAUAAAAAUCUGUUCACUAUGUUCUAUCAAAAUUAUGCAGAUUUUCAAAAACAUUAUUACGAACGAUUUAACGCUCAACCGUGCCUGACGAGAGAAAAAUAUAAAGAGUUGGGUCCAUUUAUCUGCAUAGAUUGUUCGCGUCAAAAUGAUGAGACAGUAACCCGGAGUAGUAUGAAAUAG